UACUCAAAACUCCUGCCUUACCCUCUUCCUCUUUCUCAGCAUUAGCGCUUGGGACAAGUUUGUUUCUCGCAUUCCUCAUAGCCAUGGCUAUGCUGUUGUCUACAAUUGUUGUUCCUUCUACCAAGCUUGUCAUCUUCAACAACAGCACACAAGAGCGUGCACUUCCAAGUUUUCGCCAUUUCUCAGGUACUAGCAAGCACUUUGAGAAAGUGUCGUCCUUGAUUGCUUUUGCGGUGAAGGGUGACUCCACUCACGCCAAAGCCCCAAGGAGAGAUAGUAGAAACCCGUUGUUGAGUGAGGGGAGAGAUGAAGAUGAAGCUAGAGGACCCAUUUGUCCUGGUUGUGGAGUCUUCAUGCAAGAUAAGGAUCCUGACCUUCUAGGGUAUUACCAACCAAGGAAGGUGAAAGUGGAAGAGUUUUCAGAAGAGGAUGAUGACGUGUUUGAUGAUGAUGAUGAUGAUGUUGGUGAUUAUGCAGAAGAAGGAGAUGACGGUGAAGUGGGGUUUCUGAAUGAAAGUGAAAUUAAGCUUGGAGAAGAGAUUAAGGGGUUAAGAGAUGAGAUUGAUUGGGAUUCUGAUGACUGGGAAGCUAACGUACUGGAUGAAGAUGAUGAGAAGUUGGAAUUGAAUGGGUUUGCACCUGCAGGGGUUGGGUAUGGUAACAUUACUGAGGAGUACUUGGAAAAGGUAAAGAGGAAGAAGGUAUCCAAAGCUGAGAAGAAGAGGAUGGCUAAAGAGGCUAACAGGCAGAAAGAAGAGGUUACUGUGUGUGCUCGGUGUCAUUCCUUGAGAAACUAUGGCCAGGUGAAGAACCAGACGGCGGAGAAUUUGAUACCGGAUUUUGAUUUCAAUAGAUUGAUUUCUACGCGGCUGAUGAACCCUUCUGGAAGUGGCAGUGCUACUGUUGUUGUAAUGGUUGUGGAUUGUGUUGAUUUUGAUGGUUCAUUCCCUAGGAUUGCUGUGAAAUCCUUGUUUCAAGCAUUGGAAAGAAUGCAGGACAACUCCAAGCGGGCCAAGAAGCUGCCGAAGCUUGUACUUGUGGCAACAAAGGUUGAUCUACUUCCCUCUCAGGUUUCUCCUACGAGAUUAGAUAGAUGGGUUCGAAACCGAUCAAGAUCUGGAGGAGCACCUAAACUAAAUGGGGUUUAUUUGGUCAGUUCAAGGAAGGAUUUAGGUGUAAGGAAUUUGUUGUCCUUCGUGAAGGAUUUGGCUGGUCCUCGUGGGAAUGUGUGGGUGAUUGGGGCUCAAAAUGCAGGGAAGUCUACUCUGAUCAAUGCUUUUGCGAAGAAACAAGGAGCUAAAGUUACCAAGCUGACAGAAGCUCCAAUUCCUGGAACAACACUAGGGAUCUUGAGAAUUGCAGGAGUUUUGCCUGCUAAGACUAAGAUGUUUGACACUCCAGGGCUCUUGCACCCAUACUUAAUGUCAAUGAGAUUGAAUCGGGAUGAGCAAAAGAUGGUUGAGAUCCGGAAGGAACUCCGGCCUCGGUCAUAUAGAAUUAAGGUAGGACAAGCAAUACUCAUUGGUGGCUUGACAAGACUUGACCUUGUUGGAGCCUCUGUUGAGACAAUAUAUGUCACAGUUUGGGCAUCAUCAAAUGUUUCUCUUCACAUGGGGAAAAUUGAAAAUGCUGAUGAGGUUUGGAGAAAACAUGUUGGUAUCAGGUUACAGCCUCCCAUUGGUAAUGACCGUGCUGCUGAGUUAGGAACAUGGCAAGAAAGAGAAGUAAAAGUGUCUGGAACUAGUUGGGAUGUCAACAGCAUUGACAUAGCUAUAGCAGGUUUAGGUUGGUUCUCACUGGGCCUCAAAGGCGAAGCAACCACGAAAUUAUGGGUCUUUGAUGGGGUUGAAGUAACUUUGAGAGAGCCUUUGGUGCUUGACCGGGCACCAUUCCUUGAGAAGCCAGGAUUUUGGUUACCUAAAGCCAUCUCUGAUGCUAUUGGCAACCAAACCAAACUUGAAGCUCAAAGAAGGAAACAACUUCACAAUGAGGAUUCGGAAUACGUGGGAGCAGGAGCAGGGGCAGGGGCAGAGUUAUCUGCAUGAAAAGAAUUUUGCUUGAUUUUCAUUAAGGAUGUAACUGAAGUGACCUGUUGCAUAGGCAAUAACAUGUUUGCAACUAAAGCUUCUACAUCCAAUUCUAGCUACUGGUUGGUGUAUGAUAGCCCCCCAUCAACAGAUACACAUAAAUGCACUUCUCAUUGAAUAGGUGUCACAGUAGUUUAGAAGGUCAUUGUGUAAUUUUGACUGAGAUAAGUCGCAUGACCUGCGGCUUUAAUGUAUAUAAAUUGGCAAUUAAUGUUAGGAGGUAGCUUUUCAAAUUUUCUGUAUUGAUUGUCUUGGCACCUAAAAGAGAAGUGUCGGAAUAUAAUUUCAUUUCA